GGCGGCUCUCGCGAGAUGUGGUGCAAGGGGGCGGGCGGAAGGGGUGAGUGGCAGCUGGUGGUGAAGGAGGAGGAGGCGGCGGCCAAGAUGGCGUCGGAGGGCGAGGUGGGAAGGAAGUGGGACCGGUGUCUGGCUGACUCCGCCGUCAAGCUGGGUGCGGGAUUUGGGCUGGGCAUCGUCUUCUCGGUCAUUUUCUUCAAAAGGAAGACGUGGCCCAUUGCUUUCGGAUCCGGCAUGGGGCUCGGGAUGGCUUACUCCAACUGCCAGCACGACUUCCAGUCCCCGUACCUUCUCCACGGGAGGUUUGUCAAGGAGCAGUGACACGUGCCUCAAAAGACCCUUCUGUGGCAGAGGAACGGAGACGCCGGGGUUACCCUUCAGGAAGGUCGGAGCGUCCCGGUCCUGAGACGACAGUCUUUGGAAGCGCGCGCCCCUUUUCAGUGGCGAGCUAUGAUUGCCUGACACCGAAUCUUGCUUUGUAUCUUCUGUUGGAAACAGCGAGCAAGCUGCUGUUCUCGGAAGUAAAAUAAAAAUGACACACACACA